AUUUGGGGCUGCUGAAUAGCAUGGAACAGCAGAUACAGAAUGGCUCAUCUUCUACAAGCCCCUACACAAAUGAGCAUGCCCAGAACAGUGUGACAGCACCAUCUCCAUAUGCUCAGCCAAGUUCUACAUUUGAUGCCCUGUCUCCUUCUCCUGCCAUCCCAUCAAAUACAGAUUACCCAGGACCUCACAGCUUUGAUGUUUCAUUUCAGCAGUCUAGCACAGCAAAGUCUGCAACGUGGACGUAUUCUACUGACCUCAAGAAGCUGUACUGCCAGAUUGCCAAAACUUGUCCAAUUCAGAUCAAGGUGAUGACUCCUCCACCACAAGGGGCAGUUAUAAGGGCAAUGCCAGUCUACAAAAAAGCAGAACAUGUAACAGAAGUUGUAAAGCGAUGCCCAAACCAUGAGCUCAGCCGGGAAUUUAAUGAGGGGCAAAUAGCUCCCCCAAGCCAUCUUAUAAGAGUUGAAGGAAAUAGCCAUGCACAGUAUGUGGAGGAUCCAAUCACUGGCAGACAGAGUGUUCUGGUACCAUAUGAACCCCCACAGGUUGGCACUGAGUUCACAACAAUAUUAUACAACUUCAUGUGCAACAGCAGCUGUGUUGGAGGAAUGAAUCGCCGACCAAUAUUGAUCAUAGUAACGCUGGAAACAAGAGACGGUCAAGUGCUUGGGCGCCGGUGUUUUGAGGCUCGGAUUUGUGCUUGUCCUGGAAGAGACCGUAAGGCAGAUGAGGACAGCAUUCGCAAGCAGCAAGUCUCAGACAGUACAAAGAGUGGCGAAGGUAUGAAACAAUGUUUUAGACAGAGCACACAUGGAAUUCAAAUGGCAUCUAUUAAAAAACGGCGGUCACCAGAUGAUGAAGUGUUGUACAUACCUGUAAAAGGCAGAGAAAUAUAUGAAACUUUAUUAAAAAUUAAAGAGUCUCUAGAACUUAUGCAGUACCUUCCCCAACACACGAUUGAAACCUACAGACAACAACAGCAACAUCUAUUGCAGAAACAAUCGGCAAUACAAAGUCAGCCUACCUUUGGUUCAGUCUCUCCUCCCCUCAGCAAGAUGAAUAGCAUGAACAAGCUACCUUCUGUCAGCCAGCUGAUGAACCCACAACAGAGAAAUUCCCUUACUCCAAAUGCCAUGUCUGAUGGAAUGGGGUCAAACAAUCUCAUGAUGGGGGCACACAUGCCAAUGCCUGGUGAUCUUAAUGGGCUCAGCCCUCCUCAGUCAUUACCACCUUCGCUUUCCAUGGCUUCCACAUCACACUGCACACCGCCUCCCCCAUACCCCACAGACUGCAGCAUUGCCAGUUUUUUAGCGAGAUUGGGAUGUUCAUCUUGUCUGGACUUUUUCACUACCCAGGGACUGAGCAGCAUUUAUCAGAUUGAGCAUUACUCCAUGGAGGACUUGAUUAAUCUGAAGAUCCCUGAGCAGUUUCGUCAUGCAAUUUGGAAAGGUUUACUUGAACACAGACAGAUCCAUGACUUCUCCACUCCUCCCCAUUUGCUAAGGACAUCCAGCAGUGCUUCUUCUGUCAGUGUGGGUGGCAAUGAGCCUCGCGGAGAAAGAGUGAUUGACGCAGUGCGUUUCACACUUCGCCAGACCAUCUCCUUCCCUCCACGAGAUGAUUGGAAUGAUUUCAAUUUCGAUAUGGACACCCGCAGGAAUAAGCAGCAGCGUAUAAAAGAGGAGGGAGAAUGA